AGUUCGGUACACAUUUCGACCAUUGUUGUCGGAUUAUGGUAGCUGACCAGCUUCAUAACGUGUAUAAGUUCCUCAUUUCUUGGGAAAUUUAUUUUUUAUAAAAAUGAAAUUCGUUUACACUUUGGCAAUCGUUAUCUUGCUAAUUGCUCCCAUCCUGUGUCAAGACGAGGGUGGUGAAGGUGAAGUUGAAGCUCCGGUGCAGAAAUCGUGUCAAAAAUGGAUCUUUGACCUGCUCAGUAUCGUUUUUGACGCGGUUGGACCAUGUUUAGCAAAUUCGUUCAAAAUCCAAAAUCUCGGCGAAGUUGUUACACGACUAUUUUGUUUUGUAAAAUGCCUCUUAACCGAGUUGGCCUUGCUCGACGAAGAGGGUGCACUCGAUCAAGUCGCAGCUGCCAUAUUUUUUGGCGAAAACUUUCCAGAAUCUUUACGAAAUGAAAUUAUUCCAAAGGCGGAACCCUGUUUCAAAUUGGCCGAGGUUUUUAACGGGAAAGAAUAUUAUUGCAAAUCCUACGCCGCAUUUUCGCAAUGUGCCGGGACCGUCGUUAUCCAAGCGAUGACGCCAUACGUUAUCGGCUGCUUUGGUUCUCCCUUCAUCGCAGCCGGACUAGAUAUCGCGUUCGGAUUUUUGAUUAACCAAACCCCGUCGGGAAGAUCGUUCGAAGUUCGGGGGCAAAAUGGGCGAUUAGGCUCCAUGAAUAAUAGGACACUGCAAAUGCUCACCACCGCCAAACCGAGGUUCGAUAAGAGGAAGAGUUUAAGGACUUGAGAAAAAGAAUUUACUAACGCUAAAGUGUGGGUGGUUUCUAUUUUACUAACGAAUAACCGUAUGUAGGAAAUUAUAAACUUUCAGAAUUUAUUUUUUUCAUGGAAAAUAUUUUACGAAAUCAUUUCCUGAAAUAAAUCUGCUUUAUUCGGUUUGAAAAACUGGAUCACUAAUUGUAGCGAUAUGCAUAUUUUCUAUUAUUUGUUAUUAAUAAUCUAUCAUUAAUAAUCUAUAAUAAUCUAUAAUCUAUAUAAUCUAUUAAUCUAUAUUUAUUAUUAAACAUCAUUAAUUCAAAAUCGUGAUUCUAAAUUACAUUCUCUCAAAAUCAUACGGACUAACAAAUUGUAAUGAAAAUGUCACACUUGCAUACAUUAUCGCUAAAUUUUUGCAUUAUUCAAUUCAACUAUUUACUAUUUAUUACAAAACCAUUCGUGGCCAAGUCAUAAGGAGGGGUAAGAGCGAGGUGUAGAUUCUAAUAAUAUUAAACAUUUUCACUAGUCAUUUGGCGUUCAACUCAUACAAUUUUCAUUUUAUUUUAAAAUUAAUUUUUCGAAACUGUAAAUGGAAUUUAUUAUCAAGUGAGGUAUCGUUGGAAAGGCCUCGACGAGAGGAUUCCGAAUAUAUAUACUUUUUUGGGUGUAUGACCACUCCCUAAAUUUCCAGAGACCGGAGAAUAUUUCUGAGUUUGUGCCCAUCUACUGCAUGUUAGCUCCCAAUCUACUCGCUGUGUUAAAUUGUGGAGAAUUGCAGAUUUUCAUUCUUCUGCUUCUGGAACAUGAAGGAGUGGUCAUACACCCAACAAAGUAUAUAUAUUUGGAAUCCUCUCACCGAGACCUUUCCAAUGAUAUCUCAUUUGUGGGGAUCGGUGACCUUUGACCUACCAACCGUUCGACGCCGAAACAAGGUCACGAAGGUCGAUUUCGACUAUAAGUCCAAUUUGACUAUUGUUCUACUACUAAAGACCUACAACAUAA